GGGGCAGGAGUACGCGUGCGCAGUGCCGUUGACACAAGAUGGCCUCUUCGCUGACUGGGAUGUUCUCGCAUCCGCCACAGAAUCCGCCGCCGCCGCCGCCGCCGCCUCCUCCGCCUCCUGGACCCGGACCCCAAGGACCGACAGCGGUCGGUCUCCCUGCGGCUCCGGCGCGGCCUCCUAGCACUCUGGUGGACGAGCUGGAGGCAUCAUUUGAGGCAUGCUUUGCAUCACUGGUCAGUCAAGACUAUGUGAAUGGUACUGAUCAAGAAGAAAUUAGAACAGGUGUAGAGCAGUGCAUCCAAAGGUUUUUGGAUGUUGCCAGACAAACGGAAUGUUUUUUUCUCCAGAAGAGACUGCAGCUUGCCGUACAAAAACCUGAACAAGUCAUAAAAGAGGAUGUCUCUGAAUUGAAAAAUGAGCUACAGAGAAAGGAGGCCUUAAUCCAGAAACAUCUGAGCAAGCUGCGCCACUGGCAACAAGUCUUGGAAGAUAUUAGUGUGCAGCCCAAAAAAUCAGCAGAUCUAGCUCAAGGCCCUUUGGCCUAUCUUGAACAAGCAUCUGCAAAUAUCCCAGCUCCAUUAAAGCAAACUUGAAAAUUAUUGCAUAAACUAAGGUGUCUGGAACUUCUAACUGUUCUUCUAACACCACACCCACUGAUCCAAUUCCCCUACCACCAGAAACCAAAACAGUUCCAGUUGAUCUAUAUGAGGACAGAUUGCAUUUAUACAUAUACAGUAACUAAAUCACUUUUCAGUUACUGUUUGGGACUGCAAGGUAUAAAUUACUGGUAGAGGCCUUUUGAGGUCAGUCAUUCUCAGUGUAAAAAUAUUUUGUGAAACUAUUGCUGCCGUGGUUUUAUAUAAUACAACUAUGUACAUAAUAUUAUGUAUUGCAAUUAAGUGUGAGGAAUUUCUACAGUUUUCAGAGCUAUUAAAAGAUCUUAUUGGACUUUU